GGGGUGAGGGUUAGUGCAGCUGAGCAGCACAUGAUAAAAGCUGCUGCAAACUGUAGCUCCAGCACACAGGAGGUCUCCUCCUUCCUGUUGAUUUGGUCACAGUUUGCUGUGAUGGAGAGCAGGGCUCAGCUCAGUCUUUCCUGCACAUUCUCUUCCAUCUUUCUCUCUGCCCCAUGAAAAAGCUGCUUUGGGCGACACGGAGAACUGGCUGUUCCUCAACACCGAAGGUGAUGUGGAAAGCAGUCGUGGGACACAACGUGUCAGUGAAAGUGGAGGCUCAGGGAGACGACUGGGACACGGACCCUGAUUUCGUGAACGACAUCUCCGAGCGGGACCAGCGCUGGGGAGCCAAAACCGUCGAGGGCUCGGGCCGCGCCGGGCACAUCGAUAUCCAUCAGCUGAGGAACAAGGUAUCAGAGGAACAUGAGGUCAUCAAGAAGAAGGAACUGGAGACUGGCCCCAAGGCAUCCUAUGGCUAUGGGGGCAAAUUUGGAACAGAGCAAGACCGAAUGGAUAAGUGCGCAGUAGGACACGAAUACGUUGCUUAUGUUGAGAAGCACUCCUCCCAGACAGAUGCAGCCAAGGGCUUUGGCGGCAAGUUUGGAGUCCAGCGGGACCGAGCUGACAAGUCAGCACUGGGCUUUGAAUACAAGGGUGAGGUGGAGAAACACUCGUCCCAGAAAGAUUACUCCAAGGGUUUUGGCGGCCGUUAUGGAGUGGAAAGGGAUAAGGUGGACAAAGCAGCUGUGGGAUACGACUACAAAAGCCAGGCAGAGAAGCACGACUCUCAGAAAGACUAUUCUGUGGUUUUUGGUGGGAAAUUUGGGGUCCAGAGGGAUAAUCAGGACAAGAAUGCCCUUGGCUGGGACCAUCAGGAAGAAGUGCAACCCCACAUAUCCCAAAGAGACUAUGCCAAGGGGUUUGGAGGCCGUUAUGGGGUCCAGAAGGACAGAGUAGAUAAGAGUGCUGCUGGUUUUGAUGAGAUGGCAGCUCCCACCUCCUCCUAUGAGAAAAUAAGACCCCUGGAGGCAGGAGCUUCCAGUGGCACCAGCAGCCUGCGGUCGCGGUUUGAGCACAUGGCCAAGUUGGCAGAGGAGGAGAGCAGAAGGCAGGUGGAAGAGGAGCGGGCAAGGCGGCAGGCCCGGGAGCACCGGGAGUCUCAGCAGCAGCAGGCAAUCCCUCUGAGAGAGAAGGAGCACACUGGGGCAGCCCCUCCAGCCAUGCCAGCAAGGGUACCCAGGAGCACUGCUGGGGACCAGCCUGUGUCAUCAGAACAGGAGGCCAAAAGGGAGGAUGAAGAAGUACCACCCACUUUGCCACCAAGGCCAGCAGAUCUGGAUGCAGAGCUAUGCAAGGUCGCCAGCCUGGGUCAUCCCACCUACAGUGCAAGUUUGGAUGUUGGUGGAGACUAUGAGGAGCUGCCAGAGCCCUCUGACUACUACGAUAUUACCAGUGGAAGUGCUGACUAUGAGGAGCUGCCAGCCCCACUGGGAAAGCUGGAUUCCACCUGUGACUUUGGAGGAGAUGGAGGUGAAGACUAUGAGGUCAUCCUUCCUCAGGACCCCAGCCAGAGCCAGCCCCACCUGGGGAACACAGACGGUGCCUAUGAGGGACAGAGCCCUGGGAUCUGCGCAGUGGCUCUCUACGAUUACCAGGGAGAUGGAGAUGAUGAGAUUUCUUUUGAUCCUGAUGACACAAUCACUCACAUUGAGAUGGUGGAUGAAGGCUGGUGGCGGGGACAGUGCCAUGACAGAGUUGGCCUCUUCCCAGCAAAUUAUGUGAAGCUUCUUCAAUGAAAUGAGCACAGUGCAAGUUGCUUUCUUCCAAACUUUUGCCUCUAUCAUAGUUUGACACUGGCCAAAUACCAGGCACCCACAAAAAUCACUCACCCUCCCCUGCCACAGCUGGGCAGAGGAGAGAAAAAUUUCAUGGAGGUGUCAUCAGCUGAGAUAAGGACUGGGAGAACACUCCAAGUGCAAAAAAGCCUCAACUUAUAGGUACAAAGUGAAUUUAUUACUAGCAGAGUCAGAGGAGGUUAAUGAGAAAUAGAAUAAGACCUUAAAACAACUUUUCCCCCCCCAGACCCCUCCCUCCUUCCCACCAAGAGCACGGGGAGACAGGGUAUAGGGGUUUUGGUCAGUUCAUCACUGAGAUUUUCUUCCACUGCUCAGGGAGAGGAGUCCUUCCAUGUGAGACCGUGGGGUCCCUCCUAUGGGAGAGACAGUUCUCCGUGAACUUCUCUGGCAUGGGUCCAUUCUCACAAGAAGCAGUCUGCCCAAAACUGCUGCAAUGUGAGUCCCUCCCACGGGCACGCAGUUCUCCCAGAACUGCUGCAGCAUGGGUCUCUCUUUCCACGGGGUGCAGUCCUCCAAGGACAGGCUGCUCCAGUCUGGAAGUAGGGACCCUUUCUCCACUGGGUCUCCCACUGGAUCACAGCCUCCUCCAGGCAUCCACCUGCUCUGGUAUGGGCACCUCCCCCAUGAGCUGUGGGUGGAUCUCUGCAUCCCCCAUGGAUCCCCAUGGGCUGUGCAUGGAUCUCUGCAUCCCCCAUGGAUUCCCAGGGGCUGUGGGUGGAUCUCUGCAUCCCCUGUGGAUCUCCGAGGGGUGCAGGGGCACAGGUGCUUCACCAUGGUCCUCACCAUGGGCUGCAGAGGAACCUCGGCUUUGGCACCUGGAGCACCUCCUGCCCCUCCUUCUGCACAGCCCUUGGUGUUUACAUGUUUUCCUCACAUGUUCUCACCUCCUCCUCUUCUGUAGCUGGAAUUCAAAUUGCUCCUCCUUUUGUUUUGACUUUCUGGUUAAAUCUGUUGUAGCAGAGGUGUUAUCAUCAUCUCUAACUGGCCCAGCCUUGGCAAGUGGCAUGUCCAUCCUCAGAGCCAUCAGUGUUUGGCUCUGCUGGACACGGUGGAAAAUUCCAGCAGCUUCUCACAGGAGCCACAUCUGUGGCCCCCCUGCUGCCAAAACCAGGCCAUGCAAAACCAACACACCUACCUCUUGCCUCUGUGAAUCACAUAUUUACGAAGAAAAUCAAAACAAAGUGGGCAUAGGUUUGUUUUUUUUUUUCUUUUUUUUUUUUCUUUUUCUAGCCAGAGAAGAGAAGAGAAGGAGGUGAGAACAUGUGAAGGAAACUACAUGGAGACACCAGGGUGGGUGGAGAGGGAGGGACAGGAGGUGCUCCAGGCACCAGAGCUGAGAUUCUUCUGCCAGCUGUGGUGAGACCAUGAUGUGAAGUGUUUUCUCCCAGUUAACUCAUGAACCUUUUAUUUAAUUUGUUUCCCUCCUCUGCCCAGCUGUGGUAGGAGAGGGUGGGUGAGUGACUUUUGUGGGUGCCUGGCAUUUGGCCAGUGUCAAAUCAUAGCAACCUCUCUCUGCUUCAGCCUUUCCCAUGUUAUUAGCUUCAUUUGGCUCAGCUUGGUAGAUCCAUGUCCAGAGACAUAUUAAGAAGCAAACUGGCAGUGCCAGAGGGAAUGUUUUGUCUUAUGCCCGAGAGGAUUUUGAUUCCCAUCCACUUCCAGGUGGGAAAGGUGGGAUGGUUUAAGGCAUAUGAGUGCAAUAUAAGGUCUGCUUUAUCUGGGCUGCCCCACCUGUCAGCCAGCAAGCCAGCAGGAGUGUGCCCUGUUCCCUGUGGGGCAAUUCUCAGAGCAGAAAUACCAAAUCUAGUCCAGGCAAGGCAGAAGGAACGUGAGCUGUGGGACCUUUGUCAGUUGCUGUGGCCCUGGAUCUCAUCCUGGUCAGGGAAAAGAGCAGUGGGAAAGCCACAUUUGUCUUUAUUCCAAGGAAGGGUUUCCAUUUUUACGGUAAGCCAUGUUUGUAACACAGACCAGAGAAACCCAAACAUGCUCUGUGUGCCCCUUUUGGGUACAGGUGUGUCUGUCCCUGGGGGCUGUGCCCUCUCUCACAGCUCCUGCUCUGGCCUGGCUCAAAUUGUGUCCCAUGAUUCUGUGACAGCUUGUUGUCCCCUGUGCCAGCUGGAGGCUCCUGAAAAGGCCCCUAACUCUUCAUCACAGAUGUGGAGGAAAGGCUUGGCAGCUGGGAAGCAGGACAGGAGGAAACAUUUUGUUGCAAAUGUUUAAAACUGUUCUCAGAAAUGCAAAGCCAAGUGCUGCCUAGAGCUAGGGUGGAUGCUCAGCUGUGGGAAUUGUUCCUCUCUGGGAUGCAGGUACCAUCACAACAGGAAUAAACCAGGGACAGCUGAGUAGAACAGCACCUGAGGGGGCUGUAGGAACACCUGAGGGGCUGUGGGAGCAUACCCCAGUCACUGCCAGGAGCGUGUGCAGAGUGUCCCAAAGCUUUAGAAUUCAGUGUGGUUCUCAGGUGAGUUCUGGACCACCCAGCAGUUGACCAAGCCUUGUGGCAUUCCUGCUCAGUGGUUGAUCCUGGGAAAACUCAAAGGCUGUGUCUGUCACAGGAAAGGUACAUUGGGAUCCAGGUUAAAAAUUAUCAAUUUUAGUGUAACCUUUCAAGUGGUUUCCUGUUUGGAUUUCUGGUUGGUUGGCUUUGGGGUUUUUGUUUCUCUGAGGCAACUUUCCCAGUCUUUUUCCUUGUGAGGUUUUGCUGUGUUUCCUGCUGUCCCUUUGCAGGGGCUCUUCAGAAAGGGGUCCAUCGGUCAGACUCUGAUGUGUCCAGUGACACUGGACUGAGGGUGUUUCAAGGACUUUUUAGAAUCCAGUGAGGCACAGAGCAAGAAGGGCUGAGGGGCUCACAGCCUGUCUGGAUAAGAGUAACAGCCCAACCCAACAGGUGGGUUACAGAAACAUUUAUCUCCUGAAGAGUAAAAUCAGCACGUGUUGUGCACUAAGAAAUGCCAAACUGCUCCCAACAAGGCUGCUGUGCCUCCCAGUCUCAGUUCUGACUCUCCAGUGGGUUUAUUUGGGAGCAGAUUAGAUAUUGCUGGGUAUCUCUUGGUAACUGCAAGAGCUGCAGGUGAGCAUGUCUGGGGCCAGCCAACAUGCAGCCGACGUAGGUUGUGUGACUGCAAGUAUGACCUGUCUGUGUCAUCUCCCUUGCCCCAGUGAGCCCCUGCUCCUGGCUCUGCCACAGUGCUGGACAUUGCUGUGCCACACGUGCACCUGCAGGUUUGGCUGCUGCCCCUACACCCACAGAAUCAUCUGAGCUUGGACCCAGCUGCAGACCCCCAGCAGGAGGAGGGGACUGAGGCAGCCCCACAUCCCCAGCUGGUCCUCAGCCACCAUCACCCAGAGCCACACCACACACAACAGCUGCACAGGGAAAUGUUCUGGCUAUAGAGCAGAUCUUUCUGGUGAGGAGUUCAGUGUCAUCAGCUCUCAGCUCAGGGCUGAGCCCUGUGUCUGACUGCAGCUCUGGGGCCAUGGGUGGCCUGUGCAAGCUGCUGAGCUCAUGUACAAAGUACUGCAGAGCCUCCCUGGCAGCCUGGGGAAACCCAGCAGACAUCAGAUUUAAAGCCAAGGCAUGUGGGGACAGUGGGUGGUGGGACAGCCCCUCGUGCCUAGGCCAGGCUUUGCAGUCCAAGACCUUGGGCAGCCCUGAGGCAAGAGCUUGUGGCCAUGCUCACGUCCAGCACGUGUCUGGCACCAUGUGAAUUUGCCUUUCGCAGAGUUCUCUGGCAGUAGCACAGCUGCAGCAGGUCCUGUGCUGAGCUCAGCCACAUGGCAUCUUGAAAAUAAAGACAGAAUCCUGGACCUGUA